GACCAGAAUUAAAGGUAUGUUAUUUAAACAGUUGUAGCAACACGUGGGGAUGUGUAACACUGUAUUUUAUGGAACACCACUACCUACUCUUAAGAGCCCAUGCAAAAAAUAAAGAUCAAUUGAGUGCCAUUCCAUCACAGUCAGAACAGGGGACACACAAAAUAAAGGAUUUUGCACGUAAUAGUCUUGUUUUUAAAACUGCAUUGAAUGUUUUGGUAGAAAAAGGCCAGGUAUCAGCAAUCUGGAUAAUCUGAUUUAGUUCAGCAAUCUGGACCGUGAUAAAUCUAAUCUGAUUUAGUUCAGCAAUCUGGACCGUGAUAAAUCUAAGCCGAUUUAGUUCAGCAUUCUGGACCGUGAUAAAUCUAAGCCGAUUUAGUUCAGCAAUCUGGACCGUGAUAAAUCUAAGCCGAUUUAGUUCAGCAAUCUGGACCGUGAUAAAUCUAAGCCGAUUUAGUUCAGCAAUCUGGACCGUGAUAAAUCUAAGCCGAUUUAGUUCAGCAAUCUGGACCGUGAUAAAUCUAAGCCGAUUUAGUUCAGCAAUCUGGACCGUGAUAAAUCUAAGCCGAUUUAGUUCAGCAAUCUGGACCGUGAUAAAUCUAAGCCGAUUUAGUUCAGCAAUCUGGACCGUGAUAAAUCUAAGCCGAUUUAGUUCACCAACCUGGACCGUGAUAAAUCUAAACCGAUUUAGUUCAGCAACCUGGACCGUGAUAAAUCUAAGCCGAUUUAGUUCAGCAAUCUGGACCGUGAUAAAUCUAAGCUGAUUUAGUUCAGCAACCUGGACCAUGAUAAAUCUAAGCCGAUUUAGUUCAGCAUUCUGGACCAUGAUAAGUCUAAGCUGAUUUAGUUCAGCAAUCUGGACCAUGAUAAAUCUAAGAUGGUUUAGUUCAGAUAAAGAUUUAUACACAUGGGGGCCUGGAACUCUCCAAGGAAGUAAUCGCUUUAAACCUACAGACUUGGGUGAGAUGUAUUACUGAUUGGAUAACACCUGAGAUACUGUACGUCUGAUCUAUUGAGAGCAGCUUCAGUUUCGGAAUGUCCCAUGUUUAGGUAUAUUAUUGAAAUGAGCAGGUCCAAGAAGUUUGAACAAUCAGGUCCCUGGUAAAUCUGCUCUCAACUGAUCAGCAUGAAUAAGUCACACUUGUCUGUAGGUAAACUAAUAUGAGUUGUCCAUCAUUUUCAUCUACCCAUUACCCAUGAUACGAUGAGUAGAUGAAAAUGAUGACAAGUGUGACUUAUUUUCAUCUACCGAUCACAGCGUGGGGAUAAUGAACAGGCAUCCUUAUCUUCUAUAUGUCUUAUAUAUGUAGUUCAACAAAACCACUCCCUCAUAAACUCUACACUAGGAAUAAACAUGAAACACAGUAAUGCUGAUGUACAAAGUUAUUUCUCUCAUCAAUAAAUAUAUAGAUACAUUAAUUCUAUGAACUGGUUUCAGAGCCACUUCUACAGGGAAGAACCAGGGUCCCACAAAACAGGAACUUGAUGACAAAAUUGUCUUCAAGGCCAUUCAAGGAAUGUUGAAGGAAAGGCUAAGUAAGAGAGGAGUUCGUACGUUGACAGGAUUAGGAAAGUACUUCCGAAAUAAAGACACAUCUGGCGAUGGUGUUUUACACAAGACAGAGCUCAGACAAGCUCUGAAAGAAUUUCAUUUGGACCUGCCUGAUCAGGACUUUGAAUCUCUUUAGCUGAUACUCGAUCAGAACUAUGAUGGACAAGUAGAUUAUGGGGAGUUCAAAUGGGCAGUGAUUGGAGAGAUGAGUGAAUAUCGCAAGGCUUUUGUUAGAAAAGCCUAUAUGAAACUUGACCCAAACAAGACUGGCAGCAUUGCUGUGAUUGAUAUCAAAAAGUUCUACUGUGCCAAGGGACACCCAAAAGUGUUAUCUGGUGAAGCCACAGAGGAACAACUUAGAUCUGCUUUUGUGGAAACCAUGCAAGAAUCCUGCAGAGGUCCCAGUGCCGUUUCGUAUACUGAAUUUGAAGAUUAUUAUGAAGGAUUGAGUAUUGGAAUAAUUGAGGACGAAGAUUUUGCUAAAGUCCUAAAAAAUUCCUGGGGAAUAUAAAAAAAAAAAAAACAACAACAACUGUAGAGGCUGGAAAAAACUAUUGAGUGUUACUGUGAACAUGAGUAUUGAUGCCUUAAUUUAUUGAAGGCUUUUGUUUGAUUGUCAUUUUUUUUAAAAACAACUUUACAGAUAUAAAUUGGUGAAUUUAAGAAAAAAACACACUUUUA